UUACCUCCUUGUUACCAAAACCCUAGCGCAUACAGAGAAGAUCAAUGGAGAAGUACUUUGGAAACGCGUAUAGAGGAGACCCAGGUGUUCCACACUCUGGUCCAGAGAAAUUCCUCUGCAUAUGGGUCGGUUCAAUGGCUUACUCCGCCAUGGCUUGGUCCAACCCCUACAUGUGGCAACUCUCUAAUAGAUUCAAUUGGCAUGAUCAUGCAAUGCUACAUGAGCAAUACCAUUGGAAGAAGGCAAUGCAAAAGAAUCAGCCAUACAAAUUUUCGUGGAAUGAGAACUGGAGCAAAGAAGCUCGUGAUUCAUACUACUACAACUGGCCUGUUUACUUCCCUUAAGGUUUUCACCUUCAUCAGCAAAAUACAAUUUAAAUAAUUUUGUAAUUUGUAAUGUGAGAUCUUGUGGUUUUUGUAAGAAAUUUUAAGCCAUUUGAGACAGCUCUGGCCUCAACACUUCUAAAUUGAUAUUAUUGCUCCUUAUGCACACACAAAUGCGAAUGUCUUAAUAAAAAUAAGUUCAGUAAUAUCAAUAACAGUAA